GAUACAAAGUUUCGCCUUGCGCUUUGUUUUCUUCGUCAGCGAGGAUCAUUCCGUGGUUGUCAAAGGGGUGGUCUGACAAAACUCAUCAUCCCCGUCAUUCACCUUCGUUUGAGCGGCGUCAAAAGUCGUGUCCUUGUUCAGUUCAAAUUUCUUGAGGCGUCGUAUCUGGCAACUAGUUCUUCCAAUCAAGUAACUAAUCUUGGUUACCGACCGUUUAUUCGUCUGGAGGUCAUUUGUACCGUUCCAAACCCUGUGACUUCCGGCGAGAGCCGUCCUACAAAACUUCUGCGCCUACCCAGUAUUCUACGGAAGAAAUUGAAAACUCUCGAUUAGAGGUGUUGUGGCGUCUUAACAGGUACGGACUGCAGCGCAACGAAGGGCUAUCAGAGGAAACUACCGAGAAUUUAUUCUUACUCAUUUGCAUAGCCUGUAUACAUCAUCUAUGGCGUUUCUCCUCGUGUCGCUGCGUUGAUAUUCUCGACGCCACAUACCUUGCGCCCAUCGACUUGUCUACAAUACGCAUCGCACUUGUCUCGUUUGGGACCUCCGCUUUCGUUGAAGGACGGAAAGCCAUCGUGGUGGACACUUUGUCUUUUUGAUCUAGAUUAUACUGGGUUAUCUCUGUCAAGAUGGAUGGAAGCGUGGUUGAAGCCACAGAAAUCUGUCGAUGCUCAGGUGCUCUCCCAGGAAGAGGACCAUAGUUUGCCGGACGGCGGUGAUCAAGGAGCAUACACUAGCAACCAGUCUUCCGAGGACGAAAAGACGAAGCCUUCGGCGGGAGGUAUUGGCUCGUCCAAAUCACCAGUCCAAGAUGUUGACCCUGUAGGUUUCGCUGGUUCGACUGACACAGUACAUGCACUGUUUGACCCGCUCUUCGAUUCUGAGGCUGUGCUUCGAGAGCUUGAUGCGGCCUUUGCGUCUCGAAAACGAGCUGGCGAUGAGGCUUUCCCGGAGCUUGAUAUGUGGGGUCCACCAGAAAAGAGACGACUAGUCGAGUUACAACAAGACCACUAUGUUCCUUCUCCUGGUGAAACGCCUUCAUUGUCUUCUCCCAACUCUUCCCACCAGCCCGAACAGGGCGGAACCGCUCCUCAUACACCAGGAAUAGAGAGGCUACCGUCGCCCAAUCCACUAUUUGACUCUCUGGAUGCCCUGUUUGAGGAUCCAGAUUUCAAUAUUCCUUUGAUACCCGAUAACGAGCUCUCGCCCGAUUUCGAACUUGAGCCACCCCUCGCACAAGGCGACCAAAUCAGCCAUGAACCGUCAAAUCAUGAACCGGCAGAUAGCAUUGAAAACGACCAACAUCCCCUUGCGCUCCAUGCAGACUCGAUGCCAAAGGAGCCUUCUGUCAGCGAUCUUACUAAAGACCGAUUUUCUCUUGACUCUUCGGAUCUGGCGUCUAAUACUAGCCGAGAAAUCUUACAACGAAUUCAUCAAGAACCAGAGUACACGUCCCCUUAUCCAGAAUAUGGAGGGCCACUAGGUUAUCUUCCGUCGGCACCAAAUAUCCACGUCAGAUACAUUGAAGUUGCAGAGGAUCGAAUGAACUAUCGCCUCUCCAGCCUGAAGGAUAGGGUGUAUCAUCUCACUUGCGAGCGUAACAAGUACAAAAACGCUUGGUUUCAGUGGACUACUAUAGACCCUGUAACGGGCAAGACCAGAGAACAACUGCUGCGCGAGGAGAAUGCCAUGCUUCGACGUGUUUCCAGCCAACACCAGAACCGUGUAGAGCAGUAUAAGAGAGAGGCGGCAGAGUGGAAAAACAGGCUACAUGAGCUUGGGACUAUCUAUAACAACCUUCUCUACGAGAUCCACGUCCAGAAACAAGUGCCUGCGGUUGCUCCAAUCCCGGAUUCAUACAAACCCCCACGUGCAUCGCAAGCCCGGGGACAAUCUCUCACGCCGAAUUCGCACCCCGUUACUCCGGCGCCCUCAGGGGACAUGCAGCAGGUUAGGCAAGGCUCUCAACCCCUUCAUCCCCAGGGUAUGCCACCGGGCGCCUCUGGUAUUCACGAGAAUCAGCAAUCUACUAGUUCAGCAACAGAACACGGGUCGACUCCAGUCACGAUUGAUUUGACGGACGAGAUGGAGAACAAAUCCGCUCCCUCGGAACCUCCUACAGAAGGAGACCAACGCCGCAUGGAGAUGCUCCAGUCCCUACGAAACAAACGAUAUGGCUGGCUUGAGGCCGGACAAACCGGGCACGAUUUUCGUACCUCGAGUUCGCAAUCUCCACGACCUCAGCAAGACACCGGUACCCCAGUUGAGCGGAGUCUCAGUGAUCCUCCGGAUCAUACAGCUGCCCAGACCGGUCCCAUCGAUGAUGAUGACGACGAGUUAGCUCGUGCGAUGGAGGCGGAACUGGCCGAAGCUUAAAAGAUUAUGAUACCCCUUCUUAUUUCUUUUAAAGAUUUCACCGUUGUAAUCGAAGCUUGCAUAGCGAUUAGGGAAACUUGCAUACUUAAUUAACGUGAAAAUCUGACAUUGUUUCACUAUGGUCACUUGACAAUCUGUUGUACUUGUAGCUGAGUUGACGCCAUAUAAAGCUCUCAGCAACUAUUACUAUUACUAUGUGGGCUAAGUGGUCAGUUGAACAGACUAAGUAGUUUAUCC